AUGGUAUUUGAGACUGCCUGUGGUAUUCAGGCCUUGCAAAUGAGUCUGACAAAGGGCUUGCAGGAGAGUCUCAACUUCUCACCCCCUGAAUCAGCUUUUGGAGGGCAGUUCAUCCUCCUGGGUGUUCUUGAUGAUUAUCAACUCCAGUACAUGCUCUUUACCAUCCUGGUAGUCACCUACAUCUUGACAAUAACCAGUAAUAUUCUCAUUAUCACCAUCACCCUGAUGAACCAUCAUCUUCAGACUCCCAUGUACUUCUUCCUCAGGAACAUUUCCAUCUUAGAUAUUUGCUUUACCACCACUGCUGUCCCCAAAGCACUGGCCAAUGUGGCUUUACAAAAAUCAAUUUCUUUAAGGGGCUGUCUCAUUCAAGCAUCUCUACUUCAUGCUGGUAGCACUGAGAUUUUCCUGUUAGCUGUGAUGUCCUUUGACAGGUACGUGGCCAUCUGCAAACCUCUACACUAUGUGACCAUUAUGAAUUCACAGCUCCGCAGCCUGCUGGUGAUUACUGCCUGGACUGGUGGGGCUAUCUGCAUUCUUUGUCCAUCAGUGGUGUAUUUCCAGAUCCCAUUCUGGGGUUCAAACACCAUUAAUCAUUUUUUCUGUGACAACACACAAAUGAUUCAGCUCAAAUGUGGAAACACCAGGGUCCCAGAGUGCGUGAAUUUCAUCUCAGCGGUGUUUAUCCUACUGGGCAGCCCAGCUGUUACAGCUGUAUCCUACAUCAACAUCAUUAUUAUUGUGUUCAAAAUCCCUUCUGUGACUGGCAGACAAAAAGCCUUUGUCUCCUGUACCUCUCACCUCCCUGUGGUGUCUGUCACGUAUGGCAGGUGCAUUUUCGUGUAUCUCACACCCACCCAGACCAACAGACUGAACCUCAGCAAGUUGGUGUCCAUCUUGAACACUGUGGUGUCUCCUCUGCUCCAUGCAUUCAUCUAUAGCUUGAGGAAUGCACAGUUUCAGGUGACGUUGUGUGAGAGCAUUAAAUGGAAUAUAGUAAUUUCUAAACACCCAGAAAUUUGA